UCCUCAGGCGAAAAACUCAGUGUAUAGAAUGAAAGCCACUCACGUUAGACAGCUGAAUAUUUUCCUCAUCGUGUUAAACCAAAAUUGAAACGAUCGGAACUGAAAGUUGGCCUUCAAAAUAUCUGCGUAUUUCGAUUAUUUAGAAUUCAGGUGUUUGUUUGUGGAAGCGAAAAUAAAAAAAGUGUGUUCAAUAACCGGUAAUUGCGCCUUGAAAAAAUACACAAAAUGCCUGCGAAAGAACGAAACAUUGCCAUGAUGGGUUACCGAUCCGUAGGAAAAUCAUCGCUCAGUAUUCAGUUUGUGGAAGGACAAUUUGUAGAUUCAUACGAUCCGACUAUUGAAAACACAUUCACCAAAAUUACACGCGUCAAUUCAACAGAUUACGAAGUAAAACUUGUUGACACAGCAGGUCAGGAUGAGUACAGUAUAUUCCCUGCCCAAUACAGCAUGGACUUUCACGGUUAUGUCCUAGUAUACUCUAUCACCAGUCAAAAGUCGUUUGAGGUGAUUCAGAUUAUCUACGAGAAGUUACUCGACGUCAUGGGGAAGGCCUACGUUCCAGUUGUACUAGUAGGAAAUAAGACCGAUCUGCACCAGGAGCGCGCUGUCACGACGGAAGAGGGCAGGAAGCUAGCGGAAUCCUGGAAGGCACAGUUUCUGGAAACAUCCGCCAAGCAAAAUGAGUCCGUGGCCGACAUUUUCCAUCUGUUGUUGCAACAAAUCGAGCGCGACAAUGGAAAUACAAGUGAGAAGAGCAGUUGCACCAUCUCCUGAAUAGCCUGUGACCGCGAAACUAGACCGACUAUCAUCGCUCCUAUUUUCCCAAAUUACCACAUACGCGAUUACAGAACGUCAUCGUCCUUCGACAGCUACAGCGUUACUAUUCCAGUUCUGCGCACUACGUACUACCUUUAUCAGCAAACCGGUGGCGAAUCGCAUCCUAAAUCGUUGCAAUCAAGAGAAUAAAUUUAAGCAAUGUUUCAAGUAUUUGAGUUUCACGAAUCACUGGCAGUAUUGUGGGAGGACAAUUCGGAAUGAAUGCGGGAUGGAACUUGUAAUCUAGUUGCGUGUAAACUUGAGCCAGGCAGUUUCCAGUUGGACGUUACCUUAAACACACAAAUACUGAACAGCUUUUCUUGGUAGUAUCGAAAAGCAGAUAGCUGGUUGGAUGUUUGGGAAUGAUAAUGAAGGCAAUGUGGCGAGUAUAGUUUUAUAUCAUAUUUUAUCUGUCGGUAAACUCGUAGCAGUGUGCGGCGCUGCGAAUGAAUGUAUAAGGAUAUUGUAAAAAUAUGAAAAUUUAUUUUAACCCAUAUUUCAAAACUUUGAAUUGAGAAAGGAUUCAUAUUGGCACAUUUCAACUGUGUAGGAAACAAGAAAAAUACUGAAUGACAAAAAAAAGGUAACUUAAGUUACCUUAGGUUAAGUGAGUAGAACAAGACUUACACUUAGAUAGAAAGAUUUCACUGAGCAUACAAGCCGGGGGCACAAACCGUUUAGAAGAUUUUCUUCACAAAUGUUUCAUGUGCUAUGUUUCGUGUGUCUUCAUCUUCAAAACAUGCACGAAUGAGAUGAGAGUGACGAUUUGCGCUCAUCGGAAAUAGCAACUGAAAAUAAAAUAUUCCUUUAGUGAAACCUUUACCCGAUAAGGUGAUAUAGUUGAAUUUGAAAUUAUUUUUACCCGAUUAGAUCUGGAUACCUUUCCGAAGGCAAAAGUUGAUGAAUGUUGUGAACGCAUGCCCUUUUGACACACCUAAACCUUAUAUCAAAUCUAAAUUAUCAGUUCAGAUCAAACCCGUUGAGAAUAGCAAAAUAAAAAAAACGACUUUCUCUAAUCCACGAAGAAAUAUUGAGAUAUUCAUUGUUCCACAAUGAAAAGCCUAUAUAGAUUGUAACUAACUUAAGUGAUUUUCAAUGCUCAUCCUCUUCGGGUUUGACAUUCAGAAAAACUUUUUGAAAAAUAGUGAUUUGUCACAAGAUUAAUAGAUAGUCUGUAAGUGCCCGGACACGUGAAAGACUAGCCUCCCACCAGGAAGAAUAUGGUCAGAAUUUGUGACGAUAAAAAUCUUGGUAGUAAAUAAAAACCAGAUCGAUUGAGUCUUGACACACAAAAACGCUUCGAUGUAAUAAAGCGCAAAAAACGACUACUUUAUGUAUGUUUUUUUUCUCUUAGUGAAACAAUAGAAUCGUAGCACCGUAGUUUUUAUUGAGAUAAAAUAGAACAUUAUUGCAGGAGAGACGCGAAUGGGACAAACAAAACCAAUCGGUGGAAAUAACGAUUUAUUUAUGUCAAAAAAAGUGAG